UACUGAAAGAGAUAUGGAAGAAGUUAGAACGGUCGAUCCAUUGGUGGAACAAGCCGUUCAAAGAGUAGUAGCAUAUCAGAAGAAAAUUAAGGCGCCAUCUUCAGCUAGUGAAGUCAAGAAAUCCUAUAGUCCGUCUCCAAGUUUCAAUGAUUGGGUACCCCGAGGUUCAAUCUCAGAUACACGUCGCAACCGGGAGUUUACACCUCAAGUGUUAUCUUCAAUUAAAUCUCCGAGAUUCUCAAGUUCAUCUCCAAUGCCGAAUAACAGGAGAGGAUCAAGUUCAACAUUAAAUGCAAGUUUGCAACUGCUCUGUUCUCUAUAUCAAUCCCAGUUUGAUUGAUUUUUCCC